AUGCCAACACUGGCAGAGAGUCUCGGCGGUGCAGCGGCUUCAGAAGAGGCCACGGGCUCGAGCAACUUCAAGGGCCAACUCGGUCGGGAGCAGGAACUACGAUCUCGGCUACUGGCGUCCAAGCAAAAGCCUCAAAGCAAUGACACCGACGAUGCCAGCCGAGAACCACUCAGCUCGAGGAUAGGCCGCAGCAGGUCAAAAUCCGCAUCACCACGCUCAGAAAGAAGUCGCAGCCCGAGACAGCGACGAGGCCCACCAUCGUACGAAGCGGCAGCACCUUCUUCUGGGUCUAGCGCACAACCACCACCCCGUCCAUACACCCAUCCUGACCGACGACCACCACCGCCGAGACCGCAAGUGGAUCGAUGGGUGCCGCCUCCUCGUGAGGAUCGGGGGGAUGACGAUAGGCCUUAUCCACCUCGACGAGAUGGUGAUGACAGAAGAGAGCGGGAUGACUGGGGUCGCGAUCGAGCGCAGAGGGGACCACCACCGAACAGCAGCGGAGGACGAUACUUGGGUGCGGGAAAUAAUGACGAGCAGGACCGCAACGGCUCGAGCGAGUAUGGUGCAGCACAAUGGAAGCGCCUUCCUCGCGAUCCUUAUGCAUCGUCCAUGUCAUCCCGUCCUCAAGGUGGAGCAAGUGCGGGUGAUGGAGGAUUCUUUCGCUCUCGGGAUGAGCAGCGCAAAAACUCGACUCUUUCCAUUUGGCCACCCAGCCCACCGCAUCCCACCAUCGAUAGCGAGCAAGAGCGCGAAAGGGAACCAGAGAAACGCAAACGCAGCAGUAGACACAAAGACAAGCACAGAAGCGACAAGCACAGACAUUCUUCCAGCUCAAAGAGUCAUCGUCAUCAUUCCAGCUCUAGCAGGCACCAUCAUUCGAGUCGACACAAGGACGGGAAAGAGUCAAGUAGCAGUCAUAGGCAUUCGCGCUCCUCCAGAUCUCGUCGCGAUGAGGAGGAACGUAGAAGGAGGCGGUCCAAGAGAUCAAGAUCGAAGGUUUCUGACAAUGGAUCUGGUUCGUCUGGUUCAGAGAGCGAUUCAGAUGACGGUAGAAGGCAUAGACAUCGCUCGAGUCGACACCAUUCUCGAAACGGUUCCGACAAACGACAUCGUUCAGGUCGUCAUCGCUCCGCAUCCGUCUCGUCUUCGUCUUCCGACUCCGACGCAGACCGCCGCCGCAGUCGCAGUCGAAGCAAGCACUCCGCCUCACCCUCCAAGUCCCACCGUUCCCCCUCACCCUCCUCUUCAAGCUCAGAUGUCCAAGUGGGCCCCACGCUCCCCGUCUCUUCGGAUGGCAAACCCAUCGAUCCUCGUUCCUACGGUAGUGCUUUGCUGCCUGGUGAAGGUUCAGCUAUGGCAUCAUAUGUCCAAGACGGCAAGCGUAUCCCACGUCGUGGUGAGAUCGGCUUGACUUCUGACCAGAUCGAGUCGUUCGAAAAAGCAGGUUACGUUAUGAGCGGUAGUCGACAUCACCGUAUGAACGCCGUCCGUAUGCGCAAAGAGAAUCAAGUCAUUAGUGCCGAGGAGAAAAGGUCAAUGCUCAGAUUGCAGGCGGAAGAGAAGGCGAAGAAGGAAAGGGAAAUUGUUAGUCAGUUUAAAGAGUUGGUUGAUACGCUGCAGCCUCCGCCGCCGAGUGGUGGAAAGAGUGCGUAG